GUUGCCCGGGCUCCCUAUCCUGCACUCCUCUCCCGCGCGCCCACCACCUGUUCGACCCGACGCCCCGCCCCUCCACACGCGCCCCACAUUCCAGUCGCUCGCUCGCCGCCAAUGGCAACGACCGCCGCGACCAUGGCGCCCCCCUCCACCUCCACCUCCGCCUCCUCGGUCCUCCUCCUCCGCCGCCUCCCCUCCCCGGCCUCCGCCGCCCAGCGCCGCUGCCGCCUCGGCCCGCCGCCCCGCCUCCGCGCCGCCCGCCCGCGGGUCUCCCUCACCAGCGACGUCUCCUCCUCGUCCGACGUGGCCGAGGAGGAGGCCGAGCACGCGCCCAAGGUCGGCAGGCGCGUGCGCGUCACGGCGCCCCUCCGCGUCUACCACGUCGUCAAGGCGCCCGACCUGGACAUCCAGGGCAUGGAGGGCGUCAUCAAGCAGUACGUCGGCGUCUGGAAGGGCAAGCGCAUCACCGCCAACUUCCCCUUCAAGGUCGACUUCCAGCUCACCGUCGACACCCAGCCCAAACCGGUCAAGCUCUUCGUCCACCUACGCGAGGACGAGUUCGAGUACAUCGCCGACGAAUGAGACCACUGUACCUACCUCUCUGUAACAACUGUACAUGGCCAAGUAAGCCGACCGCCUUCCUCAUAUACAAUAAUAAUGGCCGCAGCGUAGGCGUGUGUAUAUUGUUCCGGUGUGUGUGUGUGUGUGUGUGUGUGUGUGUGUGUGUGUGUGUGUGUGGUGAGAGGGAUGAAGGCUGAAGAGGGUUGGAAUUAGGAACGCAUGACCAGGAAGUUGAUUGCUUGCUUGCUGUCGUUCCCUUGUUCCUCCUCUAAUUCAACAUCUAUUUUUUCUCAGAUGUGGGGAAUUGUUCGGAUAAUGAUGAUUGAUAGUUCUAAAAUAACACCGAUAUUUUGCUCUUC